AUGGGACUACCGAAAAGGACUCUCCAUCUAUGCAACAUGGCCCUUGGCCAAAAGAAUGCGUCAAUGCGGCCAGCCCUUUGCUAUCUGCAUGUUAUGGGCAACGAAAGAGUUUCCAUCAUGCCUCCGAAGCCAUCAAAACCGGCGGUGUCUAAGAAGACAGAAAUGAAGAAGAAGGAGAAGGUUAUCGAAGACAAAACAUUCGGGCUGAAGAACAAGAAGGGUGCGAAAAUGCAGAAGUUUGUCCAACAAGUUGAAAAGCAAGUCAAAUCCGGUCCGAAUGUGAAGGCAUCAAAGCUCGACCCGCUGAAAUUGAAGAAAAAGGAAGAUGAAGAGGAUCUUGACAAAGAUCUUUUCAAACCCGUUAUCAUCCAGAAAGUCAUCGAUAAAAAUGUGGAUCCAAAAUCCGUAGUGUGUGCAUUUUUCAAGCAGGGGCAAUGUACUAAAGGUGAUAAAUGUAAAUUUUCCCAUGAUUUGGCGGUCGAGCGGAAAACAGAGAAGCGAAGUAUGUACGUUGAUGAGCGUAGUGCUGAAGAGGAGACCAUGGAAGACUGGGACGAAGCGAAGCUCGAAGAAGUUGUCAACAAAAAACAUAGCAAAACUAAGCCAACCACUGAUAUCAUCUGCAAAUUCUUCCUUGAUGCAGUGGAAUCCAGCAAAUAUGGGUGGUUUUGGGAAUGUCCAAACGGUAACGAUAAAUGUCACUAUCGUCAUGCCUUGCCCCCCGGCUUCGUUUUGAAGAAGGACAAGAAGAAACUAAAAGAGCUAGAAAAAGAAAAUGCUCUCACUUUAGAGGAAUUGAUAGAAGACGAACGAAAAAAGUUAGAUUCUGGCAAUGUCACGAAAGUUACUCUGGAAUCGUUUCUUGCUUGGAAGCGUAAGAAACGGAAAGACAAGAAAGAACUGCAAGAGAAGGAACGCGAACAAAAGCGUAAAGAUUUUAAACUUGGUCGAAGCGUUGGCAUUUCCGGUCGCGAAAUGUUUGACUUCGAUCCAAGUCUGAUCGCAGGAGAAGACGAUGUGGAAGAAGGCGAAGCUUCGUUCGAUAUAUCUGCCUUCAAACGAGAGGACAAUGAUGCUGAUGCGAACGAGACCCAAUUUGAAUUCAAAGAAAUCGACCUGGCUGCUCUUACCUUGCUUGAAGAUGAUGAAGAACCGGAUCAACGAGAUGAACCUGAAGGAGCAGUUGGUGGACCGAUCGAUGAGAGCCUCUUUGAUGAAGAUGCACUUGGUCUGGAUGACGAUGAGCUCAAUGGCGAUUGAAAGUUGUGUGUUGAUCCGACCCUCCAGGCCUAACAAGCGCGAACGGACUUCGUCUCAGUGAUUGUACUUUUGCCUGUCAAUGAUUUAAACAAAAACAGAGCGAGAAGUCAGGCCGAAUUUUUUCAAAAA